AUGCGUAAUAGGAUCGCCACAUACAACCAGCUAGCAUCAGAAUAUCCGGACAAAACUGUGCUUAGGAAACUUGCGGAAAAGCAUGGAACUGACAGUAUAUCUUACCAUCGCGAAGUAGACAAGGCCCUGGGUCCUUUAUUUCGAAUCAGCUGGUACAGAAUCAUUCUGGAUGAGGCCCAUGCGAUCAAAAAUGCAGAGAGUAGCACAUCCAAAAUCUGCUGUGACCUUUCCGGAAAGUACCGAUGGGCCUUAUCUGGUACGCCGCUGGCUAAUAGCUCCCAAGCUGCAGAGAUGUAUCCUUACAUGAGAUUUCUCCAAUGCGAUUGGACAGAAACUCGCCGAAAGUUUCUCAAGACGUUCUUUUUUGGGAAUGAACCAAACGCUGAAUUUGAUGCACUGACUAGCCUCAUCAUGUAUCGACGAACAAUAGAUGAUGACUUUUUGGGAAGGCAAAUCGUUAACCUCCCCAAGCGAAAAGAAAUCGAUCUUUGGGUUCCAAUGUCAGACGAAGAACAUUGCAUUCUCGGAGCUGUGACCAAGCAUUACGAGGAAAUGAAGCUUCGCUGUGAGCAAGGUGAACUUGGACAAGGUGAUUUGAAGGAUAUACAAAACGUGGAAGAUGCCGAUAACGCAGAAGAUCAAGAAAGCGAUAAUGACUGCCGACAGAACUCUGCGACCAAAGAGAGCUCGAAGCGACAACCAGAACGUUUGUUACAACGCGCCAGUCAAGUAAGGCAACGUCAAUCAACAUCUCAUACAUUCUGUAUUGAGCGACUUCUCCGGGAGAAUUUCCGUAUGGAACAAUUUGACGCAUUGCAGGGCGAGUUGAAGGACAUCGGCAAUAAGCAAACUAUACUAGACCAGAUGCAACGCGGUAUGAAAGCAGACGAUGAAAUCACAAAAUACAAAAUCGGGCUAAAGAUGCUUCAAGAGAGAAAAGAAACUUUCUUUGGUAAGUAUUUCGACCUGAUGCCACUCUUGAGAAUCUUGGCGGAGGAGUGCAAUGCGAGGGAUGCUACUUGCCUCCUGUGCAAAACUGCGAAGCCGCCAAAGGAACCAAUGAUCUCAGCUACUGUAAGUUGA